AUGAACGGGAACGAGUGCUGGGUGUCCGCGGGAACGAGCGGGAUUGUCCGCAGGGAUGAUUACCGGGUGUCCGCGGGAUUGUCCCGGGAUGCCCGCGGGCCGGGCACGCUCGGAGCCCGCAGCCAGCCCCCGUCCCCGCCCGGCUCCCCGCGGCCACCGAGCCCCGCCCGGGGAGGCUCCGGAGCGCUCCGUGCCCGCGGCGGGCACAUCCCGCUGCUGUCCAUCCAGCCGCCGCCGCAGGGGAAUCCGGCGGGGAAAGGGUGUGAGAGGAAAGAGCCGCGCUCCGGCAGCGACAUCGUCCAUCCCAUCAAGGUCGACGAGAGCGGAGCCUUCCUGUCCUACGACUUGUCGCACCGGGCCCUCCACCGGAGAUCUCCUGCCUCCAGGAGCCAGCUCCCCGCCUUCUACGAGCUGCAGUACAGGGGGCAAGCCCUGAAAUUCAACCUGAGCCUCAACAGGCACCUGCUGGCCCCGGGCUUUGUCAGCGAGCGCCGUUUCGGGGGCAUCGCGGGCGCCAAGAUCCGGCCGCGCUCCCACAACCCGUGCCACAUGAUCGGGGAGGUGCGGGGCCCGCGGCAGGCGGGGCUGGCUGCCCUCAGCACCUGCGACGGCCUGAAAGGAGUGUUUCAGCUCAUGGACGAGGACUAUUUCAUCGAGCCGGUGUCCAGCAGCCCCCGGGAGGAGGGAGCAGCCCAGCCCCACAGGAUCUACAAGCGCCAGGUGCCCGAGGCCAGGGCCGAGCAGGGCAGCAGCCCCCCGGCCCCGCAGGAGCCCUGCGGCGUGCCAGAGUCCCAGGAGAGCCUGGAGCGGUCUGAGAGGCGCAGGGAGCGGUGGGAGCAGAAGCAGCACAGGAGGAGGAGGAGGAGGAGGAGGAGGAUCAAGCAGCGCUCCAUCAGCAGGGAGAAGUGGGUGGAGACGCUGGUGGUGGCAGACACCAAGAUGGUGGAGUUCCACGGCAGUGCCAACAUCGAGAAGUACGUGCUGACCGUCAUGAACAUGGUGGCAGGGCUGUUCCACCACGCCAGCAUCGGGAACCCCAUCAACAUCGCCAUAGUGCGGCUGAUCCUGCUGGAGCACGAGGAGGAGGACCUGAAGAUCUCCCACCACGCAGACAACACCUUGAAAAGCUUCUGCAAGUGGCAGAAGAGCAUCAACGUGAAGGGAGACUCACACCCCCUGCACCACGACGUGGCCGUGCUGCUCACCAGGAAGGACAUCUGUGCUGCCAUGAACAGGCCCUGUGAGACCCUGGGGCUGUCCCACGUGGCCGGGAUGUGCCAGCCCCACCGGAGCUGCAACAUCAACGAGGACACGGGGCUGCCGCUGGCCUUCACCGUGGCCCACGAGCUGGGACACAGUUUUGGGAUUCAGCAUGAUGGAAGCAGCAAUGACUGUGAGCCAGUUGGGAAAAGACCUUUCAUCAUGUCUCCACAGCUCCUGUAUGACACGUCCCCACUCACCUGGUCCCGCUGCAGCCGCGAGUACAUCACACGCUUCCUCGACCGGGGCUGGGGGCUGUGCCUCGAUGACCCCCCGGCCCGGGAGCUGCUGGACUUUCCCCUGGUGCCCCCGGGUGUCCUGUACGACGUGGGCCACCAGUGCCGCCUGCAGUACGGCCCCUACUCCACCUUCUGCGACGACAUGGACAGUGUCUGCAGCACGCUGUGGUGCACGGUGGGGAACACGUGUCACUCCAAGCUGGACGCAGCUGUGGAUGGCACAGCCUGCGGGGAGAGCAAGUGGUGCUUCAAUGGCGAGUGUGUUCCCGUGGGCUUCCGGCCCGAGCCCAUCGACGGCGGCUGGAGCUCCUGGAGCGCCUGGGCCUCCUGCUCGCGCAGCUGUGGGGCGGGAGUGCAGAGCGCCGAGAGGCACUGCAGCCAGCCCACGCCCAAGUACGGGGGCCGGUACUGCCUGGGCGAGCGCAAGCGGUUCCGGAUCUGCAACGUGCGGCGCUGCCCCCCGGACGGGCCCUCCUUCCGCCAGGUGCAGUGCAGCCAGUUCAACCCCAUGCCCUACAAGGGCAAGCUCUACAAGUGGACACCGGUGCCCAACAACAUGAACCCCUGCGAGCUGCACUGCCGGCCCGAGCACGAGUACUUUGCGGAGAAGCUGCGGGACGCCGUGGUGGACGGCACGCCCUGCUACGACAGCGACGCCAGCCGCGACGUCUGCAUCAACGGCAUCUGCAAGAACGUGGGCUGUGACUAUGAGAUUGACUCUCACGCCGUGGAGGAUCGCUGCGGCGUGUGCCACGGGGACGGCUCCACCUGCCACACCGUGCACAAGACCUUCGAGGACAGCGAGGGGCUGGGCUACGUGGACAUUGGCAUUAUCCCCGUGGGAGCCCGGGAGAUCCGGAUUGAGGAGGUGGCAGAAGCCGGGAAUUUCCUGGCGCUGCGGAGCGAGGACCCCGAGAAGUAUUUCCUGAAUGGAGGCUGGACCAUCCAGUGGAACGGGGACUACAGGGUGGCAGGGACCACCUUCACCUACAAGAGGACAGGCAACUGGGAGAACCUCACCUCUCCAGGGCCCACCGUGGAGCCCGUGUGGAUCCAGCUGCUGUUCCAGGAGACCAACCCCGGGGUGAGGUACCAGUACACGAUCCAGCGCCCGGCUGACAGCGAGAACGAGAUCGAGCAGCCCGAGUUCCUGUGGCGCUUCGGCUCCUGGACCACCUGCACGGCCACCUGUGGGACAGGGGUGCAGCGGCAGGUGGUGCACUGCGUGGAAAGGCUGGCGGGGCUGGUGGAGGAGCGGUUCUGCGAUGCCCUGACGCGCCCUGACGACCAGCAGCGCACGUGCAGCGAGGAGCCCUGCCCGGCCAGGUGGUGGGUGGGUGAGUGGCAGCAGUGCUCAGCCACGUGUGGCCGGGCAGGGCUGAUGAAGAGGACGGUGCUGUGCAUCCAGAGCGUGGGGCUGGACGAGCAGAGGGCCCUGCAGCCAGCAGACUGCCAGCACCUCAGCAAGCCAGAUGCCACCAUGCCCUGCCACCCAGAGGUCCCCUGUCCCUCCCCGUGGGCUGUGGGCAACUGGUCUGAGUGCUCGGUGACCUGUGGGAACGGGACCCAGCGGCGCCCGGUGCACUGCAGCAACAGCACUGGCACCCCGUGUGACCCUGCCCGCAGACCCAGCCCCGAGAGGGCCUGCUCCUCGCCGCAGUGCCACCAGAGAUGGGACAGCGCCGACUGGUCUGGCAGCGGCUCCUCCAGCAGCGAGCUGUUCAAUGACAUCCAGUACGUCCCCAGCAAGCACGUGCCUCAGUUUAACCCCUUCAUCCCGCACGGCCCGGAGUCCAACGAGGUCAACGUCAUCACCGAGGAGGACUUCUCAGCCAGGAAAGGAAACGUCUUUGUGGAUGACUUUUACUACGAUUAUAACUUCAUCAACUUCCACGAGGAUCUGUCCUACUACCCCUUCACGGAGAAGGAGAGCAGAGGCGAGGGGCCAAGGGCAGAGCUGAGCACGGAUGGCACCGAGGGGCCCUGGGAGGCGCCCACCGAGGCCCUGCUCACCACAGAGCUGGGAGCAGAGAGCCAGGGGCAGCCAGGCCCCCGGGAGGAGCACACCUCUGCCCCUGUGCGUGGGCGACACACAGAGCCUGGGGGUUCAGGCAGGAACGACCUCCUGAGCGUGGUCCCCGAGGAUGUGGGAUCAGCCACUCCCAGAUACAGCACCCCUGCCUUUCUGGGGCAGCAGGAGGGUGCAGCGCCUGUGCCCCACUCUGAGCACCGCCCGCCCACCCAGAGCUCCAUGGGCCCUGACUCUGCAAACCACGGCCACGCACCCUGGGAUGAGCCCCAGGGAGCCGUGCCCAGCGGGAGCAGCCUGGGGCAGGGUGUCCCUGCUCCCUGGGGUCCCCACCCUGCCGGUGUGGGCUGGGGCGGUGCCCGGGUGGACGUGUCCCUGGGGCCGGCAGCACGGGGCAGCAGCGAGGGCAGUGUGGGCACACAGGGGCAUGGCGCUGCAGGGAGAGGCCGUGGGGACUCCAGGGAAAUGGCUCUGGCCACCAGCAGUGACAGUCCUGGUGCAGCCCCGCAGCCCAGCGAGCAGCACGGGUGGGCAGGGGUGCCAGAGGGGAUGCUGGACACGCGGGCAGGAGGGCAAUCACAUGGCAUGCAGAGGGCAGAUCUUGCCUUGCCCACCCCGCAGGGCCCGGGCUGGGGGGUAGCAGGGAGUGCUGGCAGCCCCCACCCUGUCCUGAGCCCCCCUCCUCAUCCCUGCUCUGAGGGACCCCUCACCAUGGGCACUCCCAGGGAUACCAACAAGGGACCCCUCACCAUGGGCACCCCCAGGGAUACCAACAAGGGACCCCUCACCGUGGGCACCCUCAGGGAUAACAAAAAAGGACCCCUCACCAUGGGCACCCCCAGAGACAUCAAUGAGAGACCCCUCACCAUGGGCACCCCCAGGGAUACCAACAAGGGACCCCUCACCGUGGGCACCCCCAGGGAUACCAACAAGGGACCCCUCACCGUGGGCAGCCCCAGGAAUACCAACAAAGGACCCCUCACCGUGGGCACCCUCAGGGAUACCAACAAAGGACCCCUCACCAUGGGCACCCCCAGAGACAUCAAUGAAGGACCCCGCACCAUGGGCACCACCAGGGAUACCAACGAGGGAUCCCUCACCGUGGGCACCCCCAGAGACAUCAGUGAGGGACCCCUCACCAUGGGCACCCUCAGGGAUACCAACAAGGGACCCCUCACCGUGGGCACCCCCAGAGACAUCAAUGAGAGACCCCUCACCAUGGGCACCACCAGGGAUACCAACGAGGGAUCCCUCACCAUGGGCACCACCAGGGAUACCAACGAGGGAUCCCUCAUCAUGGGCACCACCAGAGACAUCACCAAGGGAGCCCUCACCAUGGGCACCCUCAGCAGUGUCAGUGAGGGACCCCUCACCAUGGGAACCCCCAGAGACAUCAACAAAGGAGCCCUCACCAUGGGCACCCCCAGGGACACCAACGAGGGACCCUUCACCACGGCAGCCACUGCCAAGCCCAGCUGGGAGGUCGGGAACUGGAGUGAGUGCUCGGCCACAUGCGGCCUGGGUGCGGUGUGGCGCUCGGUGCGCUGCAGCAGUGGCGCUGACGGUGGCUGUCCCAUGGCCGACAGGCCCGUGCCCGCCCGGAGGUGCUCCCUGAGACCCUGCUCGGCCUGGCGUGUGGGCACCUGGAGCAAGUGCUCCAGGAGCUGCGGCGGGGGCACCAAGGUGCGGGACGUUCACUGCGUUGACACGCGGGACCAGCGGCUGCUGCGGCCCUUCCACUGCCAGGCGGGGCUGGCACAGCCCCCGGCACAGCUGCCCUGCCACAGUGCCCCGUGCCUGGACUGGUACACGUCCUCCUGGAGAGAGUGCUCGGAGCCGUGUGGUGGCGGGGAGCAGGCCCGGCUGGUGACGUGCCCGGAGCCGGGGCGCUGCGAGGAGAGCCUGAGGCCCAACAGCACCCGGCCCUGCAACAGCCAGCCCUGCACCACCUGGGUGGUGGGCUCCUGGGGACAGUGCUCAGCUCCCUGCGGAGGGGGCAUCCAGCGGCGGCAGGUGAAGUGCAUCGACACCAGGAGCGGCGUGGCCGAGGAGGACAGCAGCCUGUGUGACCACGAGCCGUGGCCAGAGAGCACCCAGAAGUGCAACCCCCAGGAGUGCGACAGCUCCGAGCCAGGCGUCCCCUGCGAGCGCGACCGCCUGAGCUUCGCCUUCUGCCAGACGCUGCGGCUGCUGGGCCGGUGCCCGCUGCCCACGGUGCGCGCCCAGUGCUGCCGCAGCUGCCAGCCCGCCCUGCCAGCGCCCGGGCAGCAGCGCGGCCAGCAGCGCCUGGCCCGCAGGUGA